AGGGGGAAGGAAGGACACAGAUAGGAAACAACCACUGGACAGGAGCAUCCAGCAGUGACAAGACGGCUCCUCCGGGAACUUUCAUACCUGCACUUUUCCUAUUCCUCACUUCGCAACUGUGGUCCAUUAUGUCCCGGGCAGUGCUGCUGCUGACUCUCAUCAGCACGAGCGCAGCUCUGAAACCCGAGUGGAUCCCGGGGGAUUAUCCUAUGACAGAGGCGGGGGCUGAGAGCUUCGUGAGCGACUACAACUCAACGGCCGAGGAGGUCUUCUACUUCAGCACAGAGGCCAGCUGGAACUACAACACCAACCUGACAGAUCACAAUUCACAGCUGCAGAUAGAUGCGUCUUUGGAGGAGCAGGCUUUCACAGAAGCAUGGGGUCAAAAAGCAAAGGCUACCUUCAGUGAUUCUCUCAUGGAUAGCUUCACUAAUCCAGAUCUGAAGAAAAUCAUCAAUAAUAUCAAUGUUCUGGGACCCGCAAAUCUCCCAACUGCUGAGAGAGAGAAGUACAAUACCAUUCUGAGCCAGAUGGACAGCAUCUACUCAACUGCAAAGGUGUGUCCUUCAGAGGAAUGCUGGUCUUUGGAGCCUGGCAACAUGUGGUCACAAACGUGGAACAAGAUCUACAACAUGAUGAUUCCUUUUCCUGACAAGCCCAAUGUAGAUGUGACGGACACCAUGGUUGCUAAAGGUUAUAAUGCCACUCACAUGUUCCGGGUUGCCGAGGGGUUCUUCACCUCUCUGGGUUUGCUCGAAAUGCCUCCUGAGUUUUGGGACAAGGCCAUGCUAGAGAAACCCACUGAUGGAAGGGAGGUGGUCUGCCAUGCCUCUGCCUGGGACUUCUACAACCGCAAAGACUUCAGAAUCAAACAGUGCACCACUGUGACUAUGGAGCAGCUUUUCACCGUGCAUCACGAGAUGGGCCAUGUGGAAUAUUACCUCCAGUACAAAGAGCAGCCGGUCAGCUUCAGGAGAGGAGCCAAUCCUGGCUUCCAUGAGGCCGUAGGGGAUGUGCUGUCUCUGUCUGUCUCCACACCCAAACAUCUCCACACUAUCGGCCUCCUGGAACAACUGACCGAUGAUGCUGAGAGUGACAUCAACUACCUGUUGAAGAUGGCUUUGGAAAAGAUCGCCUUCCUUCCUUUUGGAUAUCUUAUUGAUCAGUGGCGCUGGGGUGUGUUUAGUGGACGAACACCGCCAGAACGUUACAAUGCAGAAUGGUGGUACCUCAGGACAAAAUACCAAGGCAUCUGUCCACCAACCAGACGCACAGAAGAGCAUUUUGAUGCUGGAGCAAAAUAUCACAUUCCUGGAAACACACCGUACAUCAGAUACUUUGUGAGCUUCAUUCUGCAGUUCCAGUUCCAUGAGAAAUUAUGUCAGGAGGCUGGACAUACUGGACCUCUGCACAAAUGCGAUAUCUACAGAUCCAAAGAGGCUGGAGCUGUUUUAGAGAAAGUCUUGAAGGCUGGCUCUUCAAAGCCUUGGACAGAGGUGCUACAAGAGGCUCUUGGCACUAACAGAAUGGACGCCAGCCCCCUGAUGAGCUAUUUUGAGCCAGUUACUACCUGGCUGCAGGAACAGAACACGGAAACGGGAGAGACGCUGGAACUCAUCCUCACGUUUCUGAAUGCCUCAGGUAAAAUAACAGAUGAGAUGCUGGCCAAACAGUUCUUAGAGGAAUACAACAGCACAGCCGAGGAGGUCUGGAACGCUUACACUGAGGCCUCCUGGACCUACAACACUGACAUCACUGAAGCCAACAAGAAGAUCAUGCUGCAAAAAAACUUGGAGAUGGCCAACCACACAAAGAUCUAUGGACUACAGGCCCGUAAGAUCGACACCAGUGACUUCCAGGAUGAGUCGGUGAAGAGAAUCUUGACGAAACUGAGUGACCUUGAGAGAGCUGCGCUUCCUGAAGAAGAUCUCAUAGAGUACAAUAAUUUGCUAGCAUCCAUGGAGACCCUGUACAGCGUAGCCACAGUCUGCAAGGAUGAAUCAAAGUGUCUACCUCUAGAUCCAAAUUUGAAUAAGAUCAUGGCCGAGUCCAGGGAUUAUGACGAGCUGCUGUUCGCCUGGCAGGGUUGGCGCAAUGCCUCCGGCAGAGAGCUCCGCAACAGCUACAAGAGAUAUGUGGAGCUUGCCAACUUAGCUGCAAAGAGCAAUGGUCACACGGAUAAUGGGGCAUUCUGGCGUUCCCUGUAUGAGACCCCCACCUUUGAAGAGGAUCUAGAGGCCUUGUGGAAAGAUCUAGAGCCGCUCUACCUCAACAUUCAUGCCUAUGUGCGCAGGGCACUGUACAAGAAAUAUGGACCAGAACACAUCAACCUUAAAGGACCAAUUCCAGCUCAUCUGCUCGGAAAUAUGUGGGCCCAAACGUGGUCUGCUAUCAUGGACCUUGUCAUUCCGUACCCUGAUGCCACACAAGUGGAUGCCACGCCAGCCAUGAUUGCCCAAGGUUGGGACCCCAAACGGAUGUUCGAGGAAUCGGACCGGUUCUUCACUUCUCUGGGUCUUCUGCCCAUGCCUCCUGAGUUCUGGAACAAGUCCAUGCUGGAAAAGCCAACAGAUGGACGUGAAGUGGUCUGUCACGCAUCUGCGUGGGACUUCUACAACCGCAAAGACUUCAGGAUCAAGCAGUGCACAGUGGUGACCAUGGACGACCUCAUUACUGUGCACCAUGAGAUGGGCCACGUUCAGUACUUCCUGCAGUAUAAGGAUCAACCCAUCUCUUUCCGCGACGGCGCCAACCCUGGAUUCCAUGAGGCCAUUGGUGACGUUUUGGCCCUGUCAGUUUCCACACCUAAACAUCUUCAGAGCAUUGGCCUGCUGGACAAGGUGGAGGACAAUAAAGAUGUCCUGAUGAGCAUUGCCUUGGAUAAGAUUGCCUUCCUGCCUUUUGGCUACCUGAUGGACCAGUGGAGGUGGAAGGUAUUUGAUGGAAGGAUCUCAAGCUCAGAGUACAACAAAGAGUGGUGGAACCUGAGAAUGAAGUACCAGGGAUUGUGUCCACCUGUACCGCGCACUGAGGAAGACUUCGACCCUGGUGCAAAGUUCCACAUCCCAGCUAAUGUGCCCUACGUCAGGUACUUUGUGAGUUUUGUAAUCCAAUUCCAGUUCCACAAAGCCCUGUGUGAAGCAGCCGGUCAGCCAGCUCCACUCCACAACUGUGACAUCUACCAGUCCAAAGAAGCAGGGAAACUCCUGGGUGAUGUGAUGAAGAUGGGCUUCAGUAAACCCUGGCCCGAAGCCAUGACUUUAAUUACUGGCCAGCCCAAAAUGUCAGUCCAGCCUCUGAUGGAGUACUUCCAACCGCUCAUCGAGUGGCUGGUGGAGGAGAACAAAAAGAACGGUGACGUCCUGGGAUGGCCAGAGUACGAUUGGACGCCUUACAAAAUCACUUCAGUGAUGGAAGAGAAGCCGAAAGCAAUCAGUUUCCUGGGUUUGAGUGUGGAUGAGGGAGGCGCUGUGGCGGGACAGUGGAUUCUCCUGGUUCUGAGCAUCGUCUUCCUGCUUGGCAUCAUCUAUUUAGUCUACAGAUACAGGAAGACUAAACGCUUACAGGACAAAUCAAUGUCUCAGAUGGAGCUCAAGUAAAAUCCUUUAAAUAGGAAUACAUUCUAUUCUUACCAUGCAGUCAUUACUUUUUGACAGAAUCCACGAAUGUAAUGUAUAUUUAUUAUUUUUGGUCAAAUUUGUUUAAUAUGCAAUGAAAGGUGACUUGUAAUUUAUUUGUAAAAAAAAAAA